UUUAGGCUACUUUCGACCUCGGCGAAGCGAGCGGAGUUUCCAACUGUGCCAAUAAAAACUAGGAUAGUUUAUUGCUUUAAUAUAUUAAUUGUUGCUGUUAUCCCUAAACAUGAUUAUGCUUGGACAAUUUAUGCUUCAAAAAGUUAUGCGUAAACCGUUAUGCGAAAGAAUUACAUUAUAUAAUGGAUUCAUUUUUAAUGUUACAAGUAGAAAAUAGAUCAGGCUGUGUAAAUGUCUUUGGUUUUUCGUUUAAAAUUAAGUUGAUUCUCUAAGGCUUUUGGCGACGGAAAACAAUAAAAGUUUAUUCGUCAACAUCAAAUUGACUUGAGUGAUAUCUCAACUAAUGACGAGGCAGUAUGGUCUUUGACCUUAGCUUGUUCCAUGAGGAAAGGCAAAAAAUGAGUGAGUGAUCUUGUUCUGUCAAUGUCAUUUAUUCGCGCAUUUUCGCGGCUUUUUGUUGUGUGAUUUAUUUUUGUUUUGCUUUAUUUCCAAAUAAUUUUUAACAUCUUGUUGGCAAAAUUAUUUAGAUUUUACGAUUCAAACAGUCAUGGCUAGAACAAAAGCCUCAGUUGGUUCGAAAGUGUCAUCCGGUAAAAGCAGCAAGGCUCGCUGCAGUGUAGCAACCCCUCCCAGUAGUGCAGUAGCUUCAGGCAGUGGUGAAAGGUCAUCAAAAAGUUCUUCCGGAGGCAACCCAGUGUGCCCACGGGAGACGCCAACAUGGCAGAGGCCUAUCACCAACUUUUUCAUCAGUAAGGAGACUAAUGGGACAGCAGAACCCGGUGAUCCGGAUGAGGAGACAGCUACAAGUUCGAAAACCAAACCAAAACGCAACAUAAUUGAAUCAGAUGAUGAUGAAGAAGAGGAAUGCCCGAAAAAUAGGGAAUUAGACGAAUCAAUAAAUCUUGAACCUCUUACUGGGGAAAAUUGCCACAAACUAGAUGAAUAUUACCCUAAAAAUGGGGUGAAAGGUAAAGGAGUGGGGAAAAAGACGCAAGGUAAAGAGAAUGUAGAUAAUAAUAAUACAAGGAAAAGAGAUUUAGAGGACUUCGUUGAGGAACAAGAAAGUAAAAAAGUUAAGGUUUGUUAAAAAAUGUUUACCUAUAUCAAAUAUAAAAAUUUGACACAAUUUUGGCGAAAUUUUGCUGUACCGGGAUAAUUUGAACUAUUGAAAAAUAUAAAGAGAAAAUAUGUUUUUGUUGGUAUUAAAAUUGUUGGACCAGUGUAACAAAAUUUACAUCAACUAAAAACUAGGCCGCACAGUUUUUUUGUUCUUAAUUUUUUUUAAGUGUAAGUCUUACUUUAUAAAAAUCUGAUAAUCUGGGUUCUUUGUUGAAUUUAGAAUAUAUUUUUCAUGAAAUAGGUUCUUAUUAUGUUAAUCUGUUAUUUUUCAGUUAUCUACUAUGUAAGGAAUGUGAUUUUGUAUAUGAUAAGUUUAGUCUUCCUUAUAAUUAAGUUAUUAUGAAUGGCUACUUUGUUGGCUAUAAUAAUAAUUAAGAACAGUCUUUUUUUUUCAUUUGUAAGCCUUUUGCAAGAUAAAAUCUGUACUUAACAAUCGCAAAUCAUGUUCCAAUACUGUUGAUAUUGUACCAAUCAUCAAGAAAUCAUGUCUUUUUGCUUUAUUGUAAGUGUUAAGUUAAAAAAUAGAAUAAAGUUACACAUACUAUAAUGUGGUUUAUUUAAAAAUCAAAAUAAUUAAAAGGAAAUAAUUUUCCACUUGUCUUGUAGAGGUGAUCAUAAGUAAAAAUAUAAAUGAAAAAUGAAAUGGAUAUUGGAGAGGAAAGGCAUAGAUGCUUGGUUUAAUCGGUAAAGACCAGGUGAAAACUCAGGUUGACCUACACAGACGAACUUGAAAAAAUAGAUGUAAAUGAAGCAAAGUGUAUUUAUUGGGUUUAGUUGACAGCUCGUCACUUUACGUAUUUCGGCAUUAUCUUAAUACGUCGCAUUAUUAUAACGUCUCUUGGCUUAACUAGACAUCUACGUCGUUCUUCGUCAAUUUCGCAAUUCGUCCGACGAGCGUGUACAAUCAAGUUUAUAAUUGUUAAACAUUUUUUCCUAUUAAUCUAUUUUAUGCUUCUGUGAGGAUAUUUUAUGAAUCACAAACAUAUAAUCUAUUUAUUUAUACCUACAUGAGGUUUACAAAAGGAGGAUAUUGUAUUAUAGUAACAUACUCAUUUUGUAUUUUAUUUAAAAAAAACGCGAUUCAUGUCACAUCUUCAGUUGUUUCCGCCGAUGUCAAUUUUUUUAUUGAAUUGAAAAGUUUUAUUUUAGCAAUGGAAAAUAAUUCUAUUAGCUUAAAAUUUAUUUCAAGUGAGAGUGAGUGAGAGAGGAAAACGUAUUUUGCUGAUGGGUGGCUAUAGAUUGACUCUAGCAAAAAGUAAUAAAGACGGAUCUUCAAGAUGGCGUUGCGUGAAUCGUUUCGAAUGUAGUGGUAGUGCAACUUUGAGUGACACUUCCAAUUUAUUACGGGAAACGCGUCACAGUUGCAAUCCCGAUCAUGCAACAAACACUGUUGAUGUUGUAUUGGAUCAAUGCAAAAAAAAGGUAUGUUCAGAUUUGAGGCCAGUUAAACAAAUCUUUGAAGAUGCGACGAGGGCGUUACGUGAUGAUGAUCGAUAGUCUUCUAGUCGAUGAUAUACCUGAUUUUAGUUCGGUUAAGGAUUGCUUAUACCGGAUUCGUAAAAGAUCUUUGGAUGUUCCCAAAACUGUUUACAUGAGACCAGAGGAUGUGGUAAUACCAGAGGUGCUGAGCAAUAAUUUUCUGAUCAUUGAAGAUGGUGAAUGUGAUAAAAUUUUAAUAUUUAUGACUAGUUAUGCUCAAGAAUCACUACAGAAUGUUCGUGAAUUAUUUGCUGAUGGGACAUUCAAAUAUGUUCCUAAGCCUUUUGCACAGCUUUAUCUACACAUUCCAUGAAGACAUAAGAAGUACUAAAGAAGAGAACGUUGUACCGCUGAUUUACUGUUUAUUACCAAAUAAAUGUGAAGAAACAUAUAGUCGACUUAUAAAACAUAUUAAAACUAAGUUCAGUUUUUUUGAUCCAACAAAAUUUCACGUUGAUUUUGAGCAUGCAGUGAUAAAUGCCAUUUCAAAAGUGUUUCCAAAGGCCGAAAUAGUGGGAUGUUUUUUUCAUUUUCACCUAAAAACCACAUUCCAGAAGGAUGGUUAACCAUUUUAAAUAAUUCGCAUGAGGGUAAAAACUUUGAAUUAUUUAAUGAGUAUUUUUCAAAUACCUUGAUUGACUCAGUGUUGUUAUUUAGCUGCUAUAAUCAGGGACAUUCGGACAAUAAACUCACUUGAGGAGUGGCAUAACAGGAUCAAUAAGAUUAUUAUUAAGAAACCAGGCCUUUUUUAUUUUAUUUCUAUAAUAUAAAGAGAAGCUAAGUAAAAAAAGUUGACUUACUAUUCCCAGAGAAAUCGCAACAAACGUGCUGCAUUAUUAGACAAAAUACUGAAGUGCGUAGUAGUGACUGCAUUGAAAAAAAUUCAAUUGAUUUGGCCGAAUGCCUUAAAAGAUUAUGCUGUUUCAAUUAUUAUAAACGCAACCAAAGAAGACGAAAGUAAAUUGCGAAUCCGGACUAAUGAUAUUUUCUAUUUUUGUUCAUAAUAAAAUAUUAGAAUAAUCUGGAUUUUUCUUUUAUGCCUUCUUGUACAAUGUCGGACGAAUUGCGAAAGUGACGAAAUACAGCAUGAGACAAGUAGAUGUCUAGUUAAGCCAAGAGACGUGAUAAUAAUGCAACGUAUUAAGAUAAUGCCGAAAUACGUAAAGUGACGAGCUGUCAACUAAACCAUUUAUUGUGGGAAAGGUGAAGUAUCUGCCUACCGCUCAAAAAGCGUGUUCAUAAUGGCAUGUGUAUUUUUUAUUUGUUAUAAUUAACUGUUAUAUCAUGAAAGUCUUAACGUAGGAAGGUCAAAAUAAAAGAUGUGAUAUAAGUGGGUACAUAUUUUAUUAUAUUUUAUUACUACAUUCUACGUUUGGUAGAAAACUGGAAAACUACAAAAACACCAAUUUCAAAGGGAAACGGAUAUAAAUGUUACAUUAUUUUUAAUAGGACA